GAGGUGGGCCAGCUACGGUGAAGAUGAUUUCAACCAAACACCAGCCGUUGUAAUUGCUGACAAGAGGGCUUGUAUAAAUGUUUGAUUGGGACAGCUGCUGGAACUUGAGGCAAGAGUACAAAUGACAGUCUCAUCUUAGAAUUCUUGAUCACCACCAUGUCCACGAUCACCAGCUCCGCAAACGCCGUCAUCAAAAAAGUCAGAGCCUCUCGCGAUGCCACUCUACUGACCACCUCCCUCCAUAUCCCCGCCUCUCGCCUCAACGUUAUCGACAUCGCCUCCGAAUCCGGAAUACUCACACCCAGAGCCCUCGCCAUAACCGAACUCCCAACAGAAGAUCUACUCCGUCGCUUACGCUCGAGGGAAAUCACAGCCGUGGAGACAGCUUGGGCAUUUAUCCGGCGCGCGAGCGUAGCACAGGUCGCGGUAAACUGCCUCACGGAACUCAUGGCUGAAGAAGCCCUCAACCAUGCUAAAUUCCUCGAUGCGGUCAUCGAGACGGGGCCGCCGAUGGGUCCGCUGCACGGGCUUCCUAUCUCGUUGAAAGAACAUAUUGGGCUCGCGGGGCAUUCGCUUUCGGUGGGGUAUGUAGCGUGGACAACCCAUGAUCCACCAAAACAAGAUUCGGAGUUGGCGGCACUACUCAAAAGAGCUGGGGCGGUGAUUAUCUGUAGGACGACCGAACCGCAGAGUGUGAUGCACCUCGAGACGUCGUCUCCACUGUACGGCGUCACGACCAACCCCUACAACCGGAACCUCACGCCCGGGGGUUCCUCGGGCGGGGAAUCGGCGUUACAGGCGAUGCGUGGCUCCCCGCUCGGGUUUGGUAGCGAUAUCGGGGGCUCGGUACGGUGUCCCGCCGCGAAUUGCGGGUUAUAUUCCUUACGUCCCACCGCGCUCCGACUCCCCAGAUCUGGCGUAAAGAGCAGCAUGCCAGGCGCCGAAUCAAUCCUGGGCGUAAUGGGUCCCAUAUCCUCUUCCGUCGCGGGACUCGAAGUCGCGAUGCGUGCAGUCAUCGACGGGGCGCCGUGGAUGUACGAUCCGGCCUGUGUUCGCAUGCCCUGGCGGAAGGUCGAGAUAGAACCGAAAGGGAAGGAGAAGAUUAGAGUGGGCGUGAUGAGGUGGGAUGGAGUCGUUAUGCCCACACCCACGAUACAGCGCGCGCUCUCCUACGCUAUUCACAAAUUGAGCGAAGAGUCAAGGAUUGAGAUCGUGGAGUAUGAGCCGCUGGAGCACUAUGAAGCUUGGAAACUCAUCGCGGAACUAUACUUCCUCGACGGCGGCGCGACAAUCCGGGAUAUCCUGGCCUCAGGCGGCGAGGAACCCGAACCACUAACAUCCCACAUCCUAGGCGACACCCCCGACGGCAACCACUUUUGCCGACCCCACAGUGUCAGGGAAAUCUGGGACCUCUGCGCCCGCCGCGACGAAUUCCGGAAACGGUACUUACACCAUUGGCAAUCCCACCACAUUGACUGCCUCCUCUCCCCGGUCGGACCCAGCACCGCCCCCCGCCUCGGAACAUCAAAAUACUGGGGCUAUACCUCAAUCUGGAAUCUCCUCGACUACCCGUCCGCAACCUUCCCAAUCCACUCCAUCUCCUGCGACCCACGCUUCGAUUCCGCCACGUGGGAGUAUAUGCCGGUAAAUGAGGAAGAUCGGAGACAUUGGGAGGGGUGGGAUCCGGAGGGGAUGAGGGGGGGUCCGGCCGGGUUGCAGGUUACUGGGCUGAAGGGGGGGUUGGACCUCUGCCUCCUAAGGAGUGAAGGAGAGUACUAUAGCUAGUCGAAUCGGUCAGUGAGCUUGGGCUUGGCGUACCAGUACGAGGGCGUGGGUUUUGCUAUCGAUGCAUCAUGUCAUUAUUCUAGCAAAACGAUUGACCAUAUGCGACUUGUCUAUAUCAAACUUCAGUUACAAAUACGAGUGUCCGACGCUUCCUGUAGCUACGUAUGCUAUGGCCCACAAGUACCAGGCUCCCUCGGAGCAAUUUGAGUCAUCGCGAAACCGCUCUCAACACGUUGUCC